GUCCGACAUACACGGCGCGCCCUGCUCUUGCCAUCACCGUGCUUCGUCUUAUACCACUUCAGAACGUCAAACAUUACCGAUACACGACUGCUACGUCUGCCCAUACUAGCCAGCGAUGCAUAGCCUGUAUGCUCGGUUGAAUAACUUCUCGGCCUUCCUCUCGUCAUGCCUGAUGGGACUCCUGGCCGCGAUCGCGCUCUCCUCGUUCCUAUUCACCGCAGAGCCCAAGGGAGAGCUGACUCUGGCCUCAGUUAAAGUAUUUCCAGGCAGCUCACGGCGCAUGCCGACCGUGAAACAAGAAUUCACCUUCGUAAACUUUAAUAUCAGCGCAGACCUUACCCCUUUGUUCCACUGGAAUACCAAGCAGCUGUUCGUGUACCUCCAGGCGGAAUAUGUGGAUUCGAAAGGCGUUCAAAAUGAUGUAGUCCUUUGGGACAGCAUCAUCCGGCGGAAGCAAGACGCCGUGCUGAAUAUAGCGGGAAGGAACAAGUACGUCUUCCGUGACCUGUCUCGAUCCUUCAGAAAUGCGCAGGCAGCGAAUUACACUCUUCGCUACAACCUUAUGCCCUACGUUGGCGUCCUUACCUAUGGCGAGGCCGGAAGGACGUCAGAACCUGUACCCUUCCCGGAGCCUGAAACUGUAUCGUAGAUAAGGCUGAUGAUGAUGAUGAUGAGUGAAAAAGCAAAUGCACGAAGCUUUGUUGUACCAGUUCUUCCUGUCACAAUAAAGGGCGCGUGUGGG